AUGAAGGAAGAAGAAGGAAAGAAAGAGAGAGCGGGGGAGGGAGAGAGGAAAAGAGAGAGAGGAAGGAACAAAUGAAGGAAGGAAAGAGAGAGAGAGAGGAAGGGAGGAAGGAAGGAAGGGAGUACAAGCAACAUGUUAAUUGAGUCAAAUGCCAUCACCCUUAGUGUUUCCCAUGUUUAAACAUAAUUGGAAACUCAUUUUAUCCAACGCGCCCUUUCAAAAAGAAAGUGGAAAGUUCCACCUCUUGUUAUUUUGCAUAAAAUUCCUUGCUUCUAAUGCCUGUUUCUCUGCCCCCAUCCAUUUCUCUUUACAGAUACUGACAAAGGAAGAAUCCAAAUGGGGUGCAAAUGCUGUAAAAUGAUUAAAAGUUACAUCUUUCAUCCCCAAGACGUGCAGACGGCCACAUACAUCAAUGAGAUAAAUAACCACAAAUCGGAUGAAGAUGAAGAAAGAGGGAGGUUUCAUUGCAAACAGAACAGUGACAUUCCGGGCCAUAGAAAUGAAAUCCAGAUUGCCGAGACGCCGGUAGCAGCAAACCAAAGCAGAUUCCACUACUCCAAAGAUGCUCUCUGGAGCUCCAGAAUCCCUUCCCUUCCGGACAAAGGACUUGGAAACGCCGUAGUAAAAUGUAACGUUAAUGGGAUCCACUCCUCCAAAAAUAUCGGGCCCCCUCCUCAUAAAACCCAACCUAAAGAGAUUAACCUGCACAGCUCUUCCACUCAGCAGCCUGAUCCUCCAGGCAAAAGAGUUUUCCAGCCAAAAACAGGUGAUAAACUCGAGUUCUUUGAUCCUGAAAAUCAAACUUUGGAAACUUUGAAUGCUCUUUGUGAGGAGGAGGGCUCUCGGACUACUGCCGAAUCCAUUUUUUCCAUACCGUGUGCCCUACCAGAGAUCCGAGACAACGACUUCCGGUUGGAUAUUCCGUCUUUUCUCCCCGAGGACAGCUGUGCUGAGAAAUCGAACCUCUCAAACCCUCUUGUACAAAUUAACCAAAGCACGGAAACCAUGACAGUCAUCCACAACUGGAACCCGCCGUGCGGCGAGUCCGAGGAAGGGGUCCGUGUCUGGAGGACGAGUCCUUUCGGCUUCUCAUUCGAGGACCAAAUAGCCACCGAGAUCCUCUCUGGCAGGAAGAAGGGAGAACCUGCAUGGGAAGCCAGAUGCGAUGGCUUCGCCAAGGUCAACGGAGAACUGGAAGAAGAUGCAGAAGUCGCAGAGGCCCUGGCAGCCCUGGAGGCCGCUACGGCAGGUGAAAAUUUUGAAGAGGAAGAGGAGGAAGACUAUUAGGUGGCUGUUUGGGAUAGUGAUGAUGAUACGUGCUUCUUCAACAAGGAGGAGUUGCUUCACUUGAGAAAGCCACUUGGAGGUCUGGUCUCAGCAGGAUGGUCAUAGCUGGUCAAAGGAAUUGACCAAAUAAGAUGUAUAAUGACAGUAGACAUCAUUGGGUCAACUCUACACUUAUUCCAGCCCCAUGGGAUGAGCUUUCCUGAACAUCACCCAUCUAAUGUUCAUGGACCAAUCUUCUACUACCCUAGAAGACCUUGGUCAAGGCCUCUUUAUUUGACCAUGGUCUGAGAACAUAUCCAUCUUGUAAGGAACGGCUCUCCAGACUUAUGUUUAGAUGGCUUGCAGGAUGUCCAUAUAUUGUCCGGAAGGGCAAAGAGAAGAUUCUUGGUUAUGGAAACAUAAAAACCAAGCAUGAGCAGGAAUUUCCCAUAAAUUCCUGGAGGGAGAAGGGGUUGUUUUUAAUAAACGAAUUCUGUGUAGCCCAUGGUAGGGCUUAUGCGAUAGUGGGAUUUUUGUGUGUGUGUGUUUGUGUCCUGUUUUAAAGUGGUGGGAAAGUAGGCUGGGGAUUGUAAGCCUUUAUUAAUAUUUGGUGCUCAA